AUGCUGUGCCGAAGCGUCCCUCGUCGUGCCGCGGCCGCCACCGCCCGGUCCGUCGGCAUGCGACCGCUCAGCACCACGGCAUUGCGGCGGUCCAAGACGCCAUCCAUGGGCGACAUUGAGCCCUCGGCCUCAGCAGUCGGCUCGUUCAACAGCAAGCAGCACGCAUUUCGAGAGAAGCUCGUGGAGGCACAGAGACAGCGGGGAGCACGUGCGUUGGCCGCCCAGAAGUCCUCUGACUCUUUGUCCGACCAGUCGGGCCAAGGCUCAUCCAAGAAUGAUGCAGGAGCAACCGCAGAAGCCCAGCAGAAGGAGACUGAUCGCAAGCAUGGGCCUCUCUCCAACCUCAUCUACGGCACCAAAGAGGGUCGCGAGAUGGAGGCCCAGAUCCAGGCGAGCUUCAGUCAGGUCCUCGCUCGUGGCAAAUACGUCCACUCGAUCGUCUUUCACGAGGUGAAGCCCGACAAGGUGGACGAAUACGUCGAGCUCGUCGGCAAGUGGUACCCGCGGAUAGCCAACGCGCCAGAGAAUAAGGUUCAUCUGGUCGGAAGCUGGCGCACCGAGAUUGGCGACUGCGACACCUUUGUGCACAUCUGGGAGUACCAGAAAUACGCAGGUUAUCACGAGUCGCGGCACUCCAUCACCCACCACCCCGAGUUCGCCGAGCUGGACGCCAAGCUCAAGACCAUGAUCAAGUCUAAGAGCAUUUCGCUGAUGCAAGAGUUUUCGUUCUGGCCGACGACGCCCCCUCGACAAUUGGGAGGCGUUUUUGAGCUGCGAUCCUACACGCUGCACCCUGGCAACCUCCUCGAGUGGGAGACGCACUGGCGUAGGGGCCUCAAGGCGCGCCGCGAGGUUAUGGAGGGAGUGGGUGCCUGGUUUGUCCAGAUAGGAGACCUGAACACGGUCCACCACCUCUGGCAGUUUGCUAACCUGGAGGAGAGGCGUGAGCGCCGCGAGAAGAGCUGGUCGGUCGAGGGCUGGAGCGACACAGUUCACAAGACUGUGCCUCUUAUUCAGAGCAUGAAGUCGAGAAUCCUGAUCCCCAUGCCCUGGUCGCCCGUGGCAUAA